AAGCAUCUCGAAAAUGCUGAGUCUGAAGUUCUGGAUUGGCUUGGGCUUGCUGACCGUCGCUUGGGGCGCAGCGGUGCCUGGAAAAGCUCCCGUGGACGAGGAGCGAAUGCACCCCCAUCUGCCAAGUACUCCCAGACUUCGUGCUAUUUCCGGAGAGGAAACCCAGGAGUUCUGGCAUUCAGCCAGUAAGAAACUGAUCCGUGAAAAGUUGGAAUUUGUGAGGAACACAAAGAAGGCCAAGAACAUUAUCCUGUUUUUGGGCGAUGGCAUGGGACUGGCUACUCUGGCAGCUGCUAGGAGUUACAUUGGAGGUGAGGAACUGAAGCUCUCCUUCGAGGAGUUUCCCUUCACCGGACUGUCGAAAACCUAUUCCGUGGACAAAAUAGUCCCCGACAGUGCCUGUACUUCUACGUCAUAUCUUUGCGGAGUGAAAGCCAACUACGGAACUAUUGGCGUCAAUGCCCAUGUUAAGCGAGGCGACUGUUUGGCCAUGGCUAACGAAACGAACCAUGUAUUCUCCUUGGGAAAGUGGGCCAUGGAUGCAGGCAAAGCUGCUGGACUGGUGACCACAACCCGAGUGACUCACGCUUCCCCGUCUGGAGUUUAUGCCCAUGUGGCCGAUCGUGAAUGGGAGAAUAAUGCUGUUCUGGAAGAAGACUGUGGUGAGCUAUCAGAGGGUCUCCAGGAUAUAGCUGUCCAAUUAAUCCACGGCGAAGUGGGCAGCAAACUCAAGGUGAUGUUAGGCGGAGGCAAGCGAAGCUUCUACAGUCCGGAGCAUUACGACAAGGGUCGUCGAACUGAUGGUCGCAAUCUUGUCGAGGAAUUCGAGGCCCUAGAUAAGGGAAAUACUUUUGUGAAAACACAAAAGAAACUGCUCAAUAUAAAUGCCACCGAAACUGGACGAUUGUUGGGCUUGUUCAGCAAAAGUCAUAUGCACUACCAUCUGGAACAACUUGCCGAUCCGGACAACAAUGAACCCACUCUGGAGGAGAUGACACAGAAGGCUAUUGAAGUACUAGAAACCGAAGAACAAGGCUACUUCCUUUUCGUAGAAGGCGGUAAGAUUGAUAUCAGCCAUCAUUCUACCAUGGCACGAAUUGCAUUGGAUGAGACCGCUGAACUCUCGAAGGCUGUUAAGAAGGCUAGGGAGAUGACCGAUCCGGAGGAGACCCUCAUUGUGGUGACCUCAGAUCACUCGCACACCUUCAGUGUUUCCGGCUAUCAACCACGAGGAAGCGAUAUCUUUGGAGCUGCCAAGGCGAAGGGCCAGGAUGGCAAACCAUAUCUGGCCUUGAGUUAUGCGAAUGGCAAGAGUUUCGAGGACUACUACAACAUCGAGACCCAUGAACGUAAGGAUCCCACCAGUUUGCCCACCAUUGGAGACUUUGAUCAGCUUUUCCCUGCUAUGGUGCCCCUGGAAUCAGAAACUCAUGGUGGCGAAGAUGUCGGUGUUUUUGCCUCGGGGCCCUGGGCUCAUCUUUUCACCGGAGUCUAUGAACAGAACACCAUUCCACAUAUGAUGGCCUUUGCUGCUUGUGUGGGUGAUGGAUUAACCGCUUGCGAUUAGGAAUUGGAAUUGGCAGUUGAUUGACAUGCCAAAGGACUCUUCAUUAGCUUAUCCACUAAAAUAAUUCUCACGUACGCUUUAUCGCUUUAAAUGAAUACUCAAAAAUUGACAGGUGCUGGAACACACGCCCCUCGAAAAUAAGGAAUUUCGAUCGGGGACUACUCGCACAUUCUACAAGAAGUGUUUUCCUAUCAAUAUAAAGAACCAAAUAUACUUAUUUGUAUUGUCUGAUUAUGAGCAGACUUAGAGAAUCCGAUUAAAUCUGAUUAAAUUAAUAAGUAACAUCUUA